UCAAAAGUUCCAAUCCGCCUUUGGCCCAUCAUGGUGAUUCCUAUCGGAGGUAUGGGGGUCCCCCUCAUGGGUCCGCCGCCACCCGAAGUGGCGCAUCGCUUUCGGGUCAUUAAGUACAGCAUCCUGAUCCUCAUUCUGUGCACCAUUGGUGAAUUGAUCGCCGGCAUUUUGGGCGGCGCCUUUGGCCAGAUGUUGGUGUCCUCCUUGAACUUGAUCCUCAACGCACUCAUCGGUGUUUGGAUGUUGAAAGAUGACUCGACCAUCGGCCGCAUCUAUGCUUUCCUUGGACGUUCUUGCUGCAAACCCUGCACUGAACAGUGUCAAGGUGGCUUGACCUGUUUGAUGCCAUUCAUCAUUUGCAACCUCAUCACAGUUCUGCUGGGCCUCAUUCUGAACAACGACAUUGGGCACCUUGGACGGAACCAGAAGUUUGGUCAGAUCAUAUAA